UCUAAGCAAAUAAAUUAGUAGAGAAUAGAGAUUCGAUAUUCAUUGAUUGUCUUGUCAUUCAUUCAUUCAUCAUAGACAUAGUAGUAUAGUAAAAGUGAGGUUGAUAAGACAACGGUCGUUUAUAAUAACUUAAGUUUGGGAUUUGUGUUCUUAACUCUAGUAAAACUGAUUUUCACUGAUUACAUUAUCAACAACCUUAUCUCGGAAUGAUAUGAGAAUUAGUAGAAUGAGUUGCAUUUUUUAUGUUAAUGAGAGCCUAGUGAUAGACUGAUAGUGUUUAUUCCUUCCUGUUAAUAACAACAAUUUACUAAAGUUCGGGGUGAUUGUGAAAUCUCGUUAAUUUUUAUGAAACAGUCCAGGUUACUUGAGAUUGAUUGUUUUUUGUAAGAGGUUGUGGUUGGUUUGUGUAGAGAUUCCAUUUGGCCUCAAGAACUCGAUAAUAACAAGAGUUUUAUUACGCCACCAACUUUGAUUUCACAUCGAAAUGGCAACCAAGAUUGAAUUCGCAGUAAACAUGACCUGUGAGUCAUGUGUUAACAAAUUGAAAAACUCCUUAGGCUCUGUCAGUGGCAUAAGCCAUUUUGACAUAAAUCUAGAGCAGAAAACUGUUGUUGUUGAAACGACCCUGCCUUCAAGUGUUGUUCAGUCUCAUCUAGAAACGACAGGCCUGAGAGCUGUACUCAAAGGUUAUGGUUCUCAACUAGAUCCCAGCAGACAACAUGCAGCUGUUGCGAUGCUGGGUGGCGACACUGGCUACAGCUAUGGCAGUGCCAAAGGCGUUGUCCGACUAGUGCAGCUUGACAAUGACCACUGUCUGAUUGACGGCACCAUCGACGGAUUGCCACCAGGGCGACACGGUCUGCACAUACACGAGUGUGGCGACAUCUCACAAGGCUGUCAGAGCACUGGAGAACAUUUCAGUUUGUUCAACACAAGACAUGGUGGGCCCGACGACGAUCCACAAAACAGGCACACAGGAGAUUUGGGCAACAUAGAGGCUGACCAGAGUGGGCGAGCUGUGUUCAGACUGGUGGACAAAGUGUUGAAAGUGUGGGAUGUAGUGGGCCGAGCUGUGGUAGUGACUCAGGGCGAGGACGACCUGGGACGUGGCGGACACCCGCAGUCACUGAGAGAUGGAAACUCUGGCAACAAGAUAUCCUGUGGCAUCAUCUCUCGGUCAGCUGGUGUGUUUGAGAACCAGAAGCAGAUCUGCGCCUGUGAUGGCGUGACUAUCUGGGACGAGAGGGAUCGCCCCGUGGUCGGCCCCGGUCGCAGACUCACGCAGAGUUCUCUCUGCACGUACAUUUGACACGUGGUAGACUUCAUGUUUUUCCUCAUCUUCAUCCUCAUACUAUUUCUUCUCUACAUCUUCACCAUCAUGUUCAUCUUGGUACUGAUCUACUUUUACUCGGAGUUCACAAAGCCGAGGAUCGAAGAGCCGCUGUUGCUUCCAAAGCUGAAAACCGUAGAAGUAGGAUGAUGGUAGUGGGACAUGGGUGCAUGCAGCUGUUUUACUGUAGUGAAGCAAUUCUAUUAGUUGUUAAUUGCCUUCAGUGAUUAUUUUGUGAUGUAGAAAUAUUUUAUACCGUUAUUUUGUAUAGUUAGUAUAAUAUGCUAUUUUUAAAUUGUAUUAAUUUUCUCUCUGAAAUGAAUAGUUGAGGCUGUAGCUGCUAAAGGGGCCUAAGUCGAGAUGGGCCCUUAUAGAUGAGAUUCGCUAUUUCGCUUCUUUAUGUCUUCUAGUAUAAUCUUUGAUCACUUGGAAUGGUGUAUUUCAGUUUGGUUGGUAUAACUCUGAAAGCCAGCUGGUGUCACUAGGCCCUUUUAGCAUGGACCAGUGCCAAUGCUGACAGCAGCCAAACAUAACCUAACAUAGGCCUUUUGUGUCAAACUUUAGGACGGGCCCUUUGAGAGGAGAAUCGCUAUUUUGCUUCCUUGUUUCUUCAAGUAUAAUCUUUGAUAAUUAGGAAUGGUGUAUUAGUAUUUUAGUUCUUUGUGUUCGUAUGACUCUUCAAGUCAGCUGGUGUCACCAGGCCCUUUAAGCAUGGACCACUGCCAUGCCAAUGCAGACAGCCAGACAUAACCUCUAAACUUUAACAGCGAUUAUCUCAAAACAUCAGUUUUCGGCCCGUUUAGAAGCUACAUCCUCAAUUACAUAGAAAUCAAAUAUUGGUCUUUGAUCAUUAGUUGAAUUGGCAAAACAUACUGGUGACCAUUAUAAAUCCAUAUUGUAGCAAGUAACUUAUCCAAAACAUCAGCCAGUAAUUUAGCCCAAUUCAACAAUAUGACUGAUAAUAAUAGACCAUGAUUUGACAUUAUUUUCCCAUGGUAGCCUACCCACAUUCUAGCUAAAGAUCAAAGUCCUUCUAACUUCCUAUAUUUUCAAAGCAUACCUAGUUAUAGUUGGACUAAUAAAAUAGUAGAUUACUUACUGUAUCUUUUUUAUUGUAUUAGCUUGCCUGUAGCCUGUAUGUUUAGCCUUCCAAAUAUAGCAACAAGCCCACAUUUUGUUUGUGAACACAGAUUAUAAUUGAUAUUAAUUGAUCUCUCGUAAAUAGGUUUUGCUUAUGAGGCAUUUAAAAUUGUCAAAAUUAUGCUGAUGCCUGGGUUUAAAUUUUACAAUGUAGAUAGUAAGUUUACUGUUUGUUAGGCCUAAAUCCCAGCAAAAUAAUUUCAUAAACAAAUUCAGUAUUAAGAUAAACUUAGUAUGGAAAAGGCAAGAUGAAUAUGUCGUUGACAAUAAUGUAUCUUAUUUAGUAUCCAAUGUAAUACUAACACUCUAAACCUCGUGGUAAACAUAUAUUACACUUAUACAGGGGCAUUUAUAUGGUCUCUAAAUAACCUUCUAAUACAACUUUUUAUUUCCAAGAUUGUUAUGUUGGAUGUUUUUUUUUUUAGAUAUUCUUACAACAGCCUUAAGGUUUAACCAAAUUUAUUCCUUAAAUUAGGAGCCAAUGAUUGUAGUUUAUUAUGUUACUAUUCCGGUAAACUAAACACAAUUAUUUUGGAUGAGUGACGUACUGUAUUUUUUGCCAUACUACUUCAAACUAACCUAGUGAUAAAAAAAACUGUACAAAUCUGUUUUAUAUUCCCACUAACUAAACGACUAACAAUCACUAUUCAUAACCUCUAAGAGAGGUUAUGUUCUUGUUUAUAACCACUCAUUGCCAAAUAUUAUCAAUUGGUGUCCCGUUAAAACUCAUUACCCUACUAUAGAACGUAAUGAAACAUAUUUGAUUAAGCAGGCUGUUUUCUGGACCAAAUCCUUGUGUGGGAAGUUGUCAAAACAGUAUAGUGUGGCGAAAAUAUAUAUUUUUAGGACCAGCUAUUCCUUUUUUUUGCUUUUCAAACUAUACUAUUUCCUUGCAUGUACAAUUACUUCAACUAAUGUUGCAAGGAAAUUUUUUUUAAAUAUUAUUAACAAACAUAAAAAAUAUCUUGAGAUUAACAUUAAAAGUGGCAUUGGUUUGAUUAAUUAUUGGAAUGUUUGUUUACACAGACGAUAUACUUGAACAUAUAAAUUAGUAGAAACUAAUUUUUUGUCAUACUGCAGCAAAGACAGCCGUUUUUAUUACAUAUUGUGUUGCGAGUCAUAAGUAGCUCUUUUAUUCCCUAGAGAGAAAAAGGCGUUUUUAGUCCCUAGGGAGUAAAAAUCAGCUGUUUCAAACUUCGAUUGUAAGCAAUUGCACGUACCAAAAUUAUUUAUCGAUUGAUAUAAUCGUAUGUAGCUUAUUGUUGCAUUAUUGUCAACAGUUCGACAUAUUGAGAAUAAUCUCGUACAGUAAGAAUCAAAAACAAGUUGGAAGUCGUUACAAGAACAGGAUUUUUGUUUUCUAACUUAGUUUUUGAAAUAAUGCUGCAAUAUGACAAAAAAUAUAGUUCAUCACAGGCAAAAAGUGUCUUUUCAACCCUCGCUCAUUUUCUACUUUGUAUACUUGAGCUCAGGUCGAAAACAGUCACUUAUAAUGGAAUAUACUAUUACCAACACUUCUAGGUAACUUAAUAAUUUUUUUUUGUUAAAGUUGUUUUGCUAUAGUUUUAUUUUAAAAAGUAACUGAAAUAAACUUUCAUGAUAGUGAAACAGCUCUUAUUCGUAUUUGGCAAGUAUACUUAUUUGUAGCUAUAGUUGUGAAUAGUGUUUAACUAGCCAUAUAGCUAAUGAACUUUAAGACAACAUUUUAUUUCUCAAUGUGGGUUAAUACGCUCAUAGUGGCGUCCCCAUCUUAAAUAAUUGAUAAUUGAAGAAUCAAAUUGUAGCAGAUGAUCUUAUUUUAAAACAAAACUUUACUUAUUAAUGUAUGUACAGUCUUCUAAAGCAUGUCCAGUACAAAUAUCUUUCCAGUUAUCUUAUUUCUUAUGAUUAUAUGUACUGAUAGGCUGUUAAAUGUUAUGUAGGAAUAAUGGUAUGUUCGAUGGUGUUUGUUAAACAAUGUAUUUUUAUUUGCUUUAAGGUUGAUUUUUUUGUCUACUUUGAUGUGAAAGUUCUAUUAAUUUUUGUACAUUUAUAAAUACAUGAAAUCAAUAAAUAUUUUCCAAGCUA